UGCGGUUAUAGUUUCUACAACCUUGAGAGCAAGAAGUAUGGCAAAGGAUCAGUUUGUAAUGUGGAAACUCAGUUAUUAAUUCCAGUACACCUCUGGUGAAGUAUAUUGGCCAGCUUUGGACAAUAUCUCUUCCGUUGACAUGGGAAUCAGGGGUGGAUACAGCGUAAGCUGACGCUGACCUUUACAAACCCAACAAGAAGAAGAGGAAGAAGGAAAGACACGUGUAGAUGUACAGGCAGUUGUGGUGUUUUUAGCGAAGACGAACAGUAAUGGACACGAAUAUGGUAGAUAACCUCAACCCUUACCCAGGGGGUCGGUCCUUAGACGAUUUUCUCAAGAGCAUUAUGGGAAGUGUACGAGGGUGCCAGAAAGUGAGCAGUGAGCUUCAGGGCUGGCAUCAUUACCGGGACUAUGCAGGCGUUCGGCGCACAAUGCAACAGGUCAACUCUAGCAUUACAUCACUAAUUAGCAACAUUUUUGGUCAUCAGGAUAUCAAGUUGGGAUUAUCUCAGCACAAGCUUCUUGAUCAAUUCGAUAUGAUCAGGGAAGGCAAUGAUGCUUUUCUUGAGAGAAUUAACUCUGACAUUGAUGAGGCUUCUGGGCUAAAAAAGAAUUCUGAUGCUGAACUGCUUGAUCCAGUUGUGAAGAAAGUUCAGGGCCCAGCAAUAAAUGCUACCAGUGGAAAGAAUGUUGUGUUGUUAGCAUCUCGUAAUGUUCAAAAGCCACAGAUGUUCUUUCCAGAAAAAGUUAACAAUUCGGCCAAGGAACCAUUUAUUCCCAUCAUCAAAGAAAAACCAAAUUCUAUGAAACCUCUGUCCAUCCUAAUAUGUCUAGAUAGCAAUGGUCGAGAAUUCUAUUCUCAUCCAUAUGAAUAUGAGCUCCAACACUGGACUCCAGGAACAUCCCAGUUGCAGCCUGUUGACCCAGUUCUUCCCAAACCUAUGGAACAAACACCUUUAGUUAUGGUAGAUACAGAGCAAGAAUUACAAAAUUUAGUCAAAGAUCUUAGUACUUGUACAGAAUUUGCUGUUGACUUAGAGCACCACUCAUUUCGAUCGUAUCUGGGAUUUACUUGCCUAAUACAGAUAUCAACAAGAGAUAAUGAUUAUAUUGUGGAUCCUCUGAAACUCAGAGGCAAACUCACUAUCUUAAAUGAAGUCUUCACAAACCCCAGAAUUACAAAGGUACUUCAUGGCGGUGACUACGAUAUUCUGUGGUUACAGAGGGACUGUGGUGUCUAUGUAGUUAAUCUCUUUGAUACUCACCAAGCAGCAGUUGUGCUUGAAUAUCCACACCGUUCACUAGCUGCUCUUCUGUCACGCUUUUGUCAUAUUGAAGCCAAUAAAGUUUAUCAGAGGGCAGACUGGAGAAUAAGGCCUCUUCCAUGUGACUUCAUUAAUUAUGCACGGCAAGAUUCACAUUACUUGUUGUACAUAUAUGACAUCAUGCGAAAUGAACUUAUUGCAUGGGGUAAUCAACUCAACAAUUUGAUUUUUGCUGUUUAUUCCCGUUCUGCAGAAAUCUGUAUGAGGAGAUAUGAAAAACCAGUUGUUGGACCAGAGAGCCAUAUGGAACUAUAUCGCCGCAGUCGUAAAACUUUUAAUUCAAGACAGAUGUUUGCAUUGCGAGAGCUGUAUCUUUGGCGUGACAAGGUCGCCCGUGAGCAAGAUGAAAGCCCUGAGUUUGUGCUACCAAAACAUAUGUUGCUGCAAAUAUCUGAGGUGUUACCAAAAGAAAUGCAGGGGGUAUUGGCUUGCUGUAAUCCCAUCCCACCUCUGGUCAAAACUGAACUUCUCACAAUACAUACAAUCAUCAGGGAAGCUCUGGCACAGGCACUCAUUACUAUUAAACAUACUCCUUUAGAAGGACAACUUAAUGUUGAAACAAUGCAAUCCACAUAUGAUAACAAUGUGAAUUUUAUAUGCAAACAUGAUCUUUCACAAUGUGAAGAAAAUCCAGCAGACCUUCCUACUCUUCUGAACCCAAGAGAAACUUUGCUGGGAGAUCUGUUUUCACAAAAUAAAAUAAGUCCUGCCUCAUUGGAAGACAGAUCACUCUUGUUUGGAUGCACAAAGAAUCAGCUAUUGUGCAAAGAACAGGAACAUUUAGAGGUUUCUCAGAAAUUCAUGUGUCCACAUGAAAGGUAUACAGCAUACAUAGAAUUGAAGCCACUUCUGGAAGGAGAAAAAAAAAAGAAAGAGGAACAAUCUGGAGAUACUGAACGGGUCAAUAGGGUUAGAGAACACUUCAUGUCACUGACAAAUAACACGGUUAAUAAGGAUAGAGAAUGUAUUAAAGAAAAAUCAAACCAUGUGACUGAAGAAGAAAAUCCACUUAAUACAAAGGUGUCCAAGGCAAAUUUAAAAAUGCAUGGUCGUCAGCAGCACCAACAGGGAGAUGAUAUUACUAAUAAGCAGGGAACAAGUGUAAAAAAAAUAUCUUUGAUUCUUAGUGAAGAGAUUCAGAAAGGAAAAAAGAACAAAUUAGUAAAAAGGAAAUCUGAAGCAAGUGAAUCUCCCAGUAAAGUGAAAAGACCUAAAGAAUUGGAACAAACAGAGGAAAAUAUUUCGGCAGAGGAGGGAGAGUUGUCCAGUGAUAAAACAGUUACGGACACAAACACUAGCAGUGAACAGAUUAGUGAAGCUUUUGAUUAUGAGGCUGCAGACUAUACUUUGUUCCGAAAGACAAAAAUGAAAACACAAGACAGUUCACGACAGAUCAAAGAGACAUUCAAGGGAAAGAGACAAAAAGGGCGAGGUGGGAAAUCCAGUAUGAAGAGCUUCACUUGGGGUGGCAGUGCUAGUCACAGAGGCCGCCGUUAGGUGCAUUCAUCCUAGAACCCUUUUAGUACUAGACCCCUUUAUUCUAAUUGUAUGUUUGUGGUUAUAUAUUCGACUUUGUUUACAAAUAAAUUUUAUAAACCUUUUCAUAAUAAAGGUUUAAGACAGCUAAA